AUGGCAAUCAUCACCAUCAACGGCAACUCCAUUGACCCCGAUGCCCCCGUCGAAACCCUGAGGGCUUUCGGACUGGUGCAGGAGACAGCCAAGGACUCGAACCACAUCCUCAUCCAGAUCAACGCUCCCCUGACCAAGGAGAUCAAGCAGGAGCUCGCCGACAAGCAUGUCAAAAUCAGGGAAAAGGUGUCUGACGGCACAUAUCUCUGCCUCUAUGAGCCUGAGGAUCUCUCCGAAGUUCAAGCUCUGGACUACAUCACCUACGCCAACGUCUACCAGCCGCAUUUCGUGAUUGAGUCUCGCUUGAAGGAGGUCCCGCCGGCAUCCUCAGCCACCCAUCGACUGCUCCCAGCACCAGCUAACACCGAGCAUCCCGUGGCCGUUAACGUCGAGUUCCACGCAGACGUGACCACAACUCCUGAUCUCAUAUCGAGCCUUGCAGCCGCCGCACGCCUGGACCCGGCCUCCCUGCAGACGCAGGGCCACAAGGCCCGCAUCACGGUGCAGCGCCGCUACCUGUCCGAUGUGGCCGAGCUAGACGAGGUCAAGAGCAUCCACCAGGUCCAUCCCGCCAAGCUGCACAACACGGUUGCUCGUGGCAUUCUGCGCCUCGACCAAGCCGUCCACCCGGUCAACGGCACCGAGUACGAAGGCGACGGACAAGUCGUCUGCGUCGCCGACACUGGGACCAGCCCGGGGCCCACCGGCAACGUCACGGUGCGCGUCACGGCGCUGUACCCGCUGGGUCGCAGCGGGGUUUCGUCCGAUCCCGACGGCCACGGGACACACGUGUGCGGUUCCGUGCUGGGCGAUAAUGAGACGGCAGACAACGGCGAACGGGUGCAGGGCGCCGCGCCCAAAGCCACGCUCGUCGUGCAGUCGCUCCUCGACGCGCGCGGCGGGUUGGGGGGCAUCCCAGAUGACCUCCGCGAACUCUUUGAGAAACCCUACACCAAGGAUGGCGCGCGCAUCCACACCAACAGCUGGGGCUCAUCACCAGACCCCUUCUUCCAGAUCGAAUACAACGACUCGUCAUCGGAAAUCGACGACUUUGUCCACAAACACCGCGACAUGAUGAUCCUCUUCGCGGCAGGCAACGACGGCAUGGACCGGAGACCCCAAGACGGACGAGUCGACCGCUCACAGAUCGGCGCCGAGGCGGCGGCCAAGAACUGCAUCACGGUGGGCGCAUCCGAAUCACUCCGCCACGACAUCAGCGUCAAGUACUCGCGCUUCGGCUACCCGAAACAGCCCCUGAGCCACGACAACAUGGCCAACAACGACCACGGCAUGGCCGCCUUCUCGUCCCGGGGCCCCACCCGCGAAGGGCGCAUCAAGCCCGACGUCGUCGCCCCGGGGACCUGCAUCCUCUCGACCCGCAGCAGGCUAGUGACGCGGGACUCCGGGUCGUGGGGCGCCAGCGCCGACUCCAAGUUCAUGUUCCUCGGGGGCACGUCCAUGGCGACGCCGCUGGUGGCCGGGUGCUGUGCCGUGGUGCGCGAGGCGCUGGCGCGCGACGGGCGCACGCGGGCGCCCAGCGCGGCGCUGAUCAAGGCGCUGCUCAUCAACGGCGCCGUCGAGCUCGCGGGCCAGUACACCCCGACCGAGGCCGGCAAGAGCCCCAACGAGGCGAGCGGGUGGGGGCGGGUCGACGCGGCCAACAGCAUUGUGGUCGUGUCCGCUGAUACUGAGACCUCCGAGGACGGCAGCAGCAGCAGCACUGGAGUCCUUGCAGCCGCCGACGGCUCGGCCGGCUUCCGCGACGAGAAUCCAACUCCGGACACGGGGGCCCUCAAUACAUUCGACGAGUUCAGCUUUGCCAUCCCCAUCAAGGAGGGUGGCAAGACACUCAAGGUGACGCUGGUCUGGACGGACCCCAAGGGCGAGGAGUUGCAGAAUGAUUUGGACCUGAUUGUCGUGGCGCCGGGGGGCAAGGUUGAGCGGCAUGGCAACCAGCUGGCCAAGGAAUUCCCGGCAAAGACCAAGAAGCAAAGGGAUGACGCGGCAAAGAACAAGCGGACGGACAGGGAGUAUGAUAGGAAGAACAAUGUUGAGCAGGUCGUGUGGGAGGGGAUCCCUGAGGGAGACGCGACCGUCGUUGUGCGAGGCCACAACGUGACUUCGGUCGAAGGACAGACGUUCGCACUGGCUUGGAGGAUGUUCUGA